GUAAAAUAAUAAUAAAAAAAAAAAAAAUUAAAAAUAUAUUUUUUCUUUCCUUUACAUUCCUUACGCUAAGAAAAUUAUUAAUAAUAUUUCACGUCUUUUUAUCAUAUUUAUUAUUCCUUUGAAAAAACCCAUAUAUAACAUAUCAUACCAAAAUUUUUGUAUAUAUAUCAAACAAUAUUCACUAUGAAAAGUUUCUUGAACAGAGUACAUAAGGAAACCAUUAACAAAAGUUUUAAUAUUAAUAUAUCGAAUACUAAAACAAAAUUAUGUCGCUCGGCAUUUUGGACUUGUGGUUUAUCGAAAACUAUUUAUUCAAAUCGAACUAUCCCAGAAGAAAAAGAAGAAAAAGAGAAAAUUAAAUCUUCUUUUAAUUUAAAACGACAAUUUCAAAGAUUAAAAAUCAUAAAUUUAGCAAAAUUUAACCUUUUUAAAGCACAAUUUUUUGAGGAUGAUAAACAAAUUAUUUUAUGGUGUACAAAAUUACUUGAUGUUAAUCCUGAUAGUUACAAUACGUUAUGUGAUAGAGCAGAGUCAUUUCGAGAACUUAAAAAUUAUGAAAAUGCUAUAUAUGACUUGGAUCAUGCAGUUAUUCUAAAACCUUAUAAGGCAAGAGCUUGGUGUCUAAGAGGAAUAGUUAAAAGCCUACAAAAAUCUUAUGUUGAUGCAAUUUGCGAUCUUGAUAAGGCUAUUGAAAUUAAUCCUAAAAGCAGUCUAGCUUAUAAAUGGCGUGCUUAUUGUUAUUAUAUGAUGAAAUGCUUUGAAGAAGCUUUAACCGAUUUAAAUAUUGCUAUUAAAAUUGGACCAGCUGACGCGUUUACAUUUAUUAAUCGUGCGGAUGUUAACCGAGAAUUAAAAAUGUAUGAAAAUUCUAAAAAAGAUAUUGAAAUGGCAUUUAAAUUCAAGACUGAUAGAGCUUUAGCAUAUGGAACUCGCGGAGUGAUUCACCUUGAUAAUGGUCGAUAUCAAGAAGCAGUUCGUGAUCUAAACAAGACUUUAGAAUUUCAACCGAACAACGCAAUUGCAUUGAGAAAUCGUAGUGGAGCUUACAGAAUGUUGAUGCUUCCUGAUGAGGCUUUAGAGGAUUUGGAAAAAGCUUGUCUUCUCGAACCAGAUAGUGAUUAUCAACAUGGACUUCGUGGUGCAAUAUAUCUAGAUAUGAGACGUUGGAGUGAAGCCAUGAAAUCUCUUAAUAAAGCUUUAGAUUACUAUCCUGCUAAAGUUAGUCCAAUCGGAAAUCGGGCUGAACUUUACGUUAAACUGAGAAGAUAUGAUGAAGCAUUAAUUGAUGUUAAUCGUGCGUUAGAACUUGAACCGGAUAACGCAGUUGCUUUACAACAAAUUUCCGAUAUUUAUCGACGUUUAAGAAAAUAUAAAGAGGCAUUAAAUUUUGCAGAUAGAGCAUUAAUAAUAGAACCUUUAAAUGUUAAUACUUUAUUACUUCGAGCUGAUAUUUAUUAUUUAAUGAAACGGCCACAAGAUGCUCUUUUAGAUUUAGAUAGAGCUAUAAAAAUUGCUCCCAAAAAUUCUUAUGCUUAUUGUUCUAGAGGGGAACUUUAUUGUAAACUUCGUCGUUAUGAUGAUGCUUUAACAGAUCUUAACAAAGCAUUGAAAAUUAAAGCUACAAAUGUAUACGUACUUGAAAAUCGAGGAAAUGUUUAUAGAAAACUCGAAAGAUUUCAUGACGCCUUAUUAGAUUUUAAUAAAUCAUUGGAAUUGGAACCAUUAAAUUCAUCUUAUGUUGAUUCAGAUGAUCAUGAUCCUAAUGUUAAAAGAAAUCAUCGUGGAUAUGAUGAAGGCUUUAUCGUGACGCAACAAAUGCAAGGUGAAAGAAAUUUUGCAAGCGUUUUCAGUAAAAGAGGAGAAACUUAUUUAAAACUUGAUAAAUAUGAAGAAGCUUUAAAUGAUUUUAAUAAGGCAUUAGAACUACAGAAUGAGCACUAUUAUUCUUUAAAGAAACGUGCAUAUAUAUAUUGGAAGUUAAACAAAUUAGAUUCAGCUUUGAAUGAUAUAAAUAAAUUCCUCGAAUUGAAACCAAAUUAUUUAUCAGGUAUUCGAUUGAGGGACAAUAUUUUACAAGAUAUCCAACGAAUUGAUGAAAGAUUAUUAACAAGAUUAAGUAUAAUAUGAUAAUUGAUUCAAUAGAUUUAUUAUCAAGUAUAAUUUUUUAUAUAACA